UCCUUCGGAGAAACCGCGGGAGAUGUCCACAUGUUAGUGUACACAAGAAACUUGUGUCGAUUUUGCCAUAUUGUAGGAAGGCCGAACAAAAUACACGACAUGAUAGGACAAUCGAAAAUUUCUGCAUUCUUUAAGGCUGGACAAACAUCUAGUAAGCGUUCAACGGAAGUGACACAUGAUGAUCAGAAUACACCACCCAAGAAGGCCAGAAUGGAUAAGCAAGAAUUAACUCCAGAAACUAAAUGUAAUACAGACGGUUUGACGGUCUCCUCAGCUUUGUCGCCUGAACAGAAAGCACGAAUGGAACAAAACCGAAUGAAGGCCAUGGCAAAACUUCACUCUAACAACUCGAACUCUGAAGGGCUUGUAGUCAACUUUGGAGACACAUGGAAAAAGGCACUGGAGAAAGAAUUUUCAAAGGAUUAUUUCCAGGGGCUGACCAAAUUUGUGGAGGCUGAGAGAGCAAAAGGGACAAUAUAUCCACCAGCUCAUCAGGUGUUUUUGUGGACACAGUACUGUUCUCUGGACUCAGUGAAGGUGGUGAUAUUGGGACAGGAUCCAUACCAUGGACCAAAACAAGCUCAUGGUUUGUGUUUCAGUGUACAGAAAGGGGUGAAGCCUCCACCUAGUUUAGAGAAUAUGUUCAAGGAGCUGUCGAGUGAUAUAGAAGGAUUCAAACACCCUGGACAUGGCACACUGAUUGGCUGGGCUGAACAAG